UCAUGGAAGUCAAGUGAGAGCGCGCCGGUAGUUUAGUCUUCAGUGCUUCCCGGUACACACGUAACACUAGCGGGGAUGCUCCACACAUAUGAGCUCCUCCAACAAGCUAGCCGCCAUGGGGACAGAGAGCGAGAGCAUGCUGCAGCUCGCCGCGGAAGCUUUCCGGGCGAAAAACUUCGACCUGGCCGCGGAUAUUUACGAGUGCCAGCUCGCGGCACUGGCAGAAGAAGACACCCGACAUGAGCUGACGGUCAAGCGGGCGGACGCGCUCGCGUUCGGGGGGAAAUUCGCGGAGGCUUUCAUGGUGUACCGACGAGCCGCGGAGAUGGAGAGACUGAAACCCGCACAUCUGGACAACCUCGUCGACUACUUGACCUCCAUCACGAGGCUAGACAACGACAAUGACCGGCGGGGUGAGGACACGGAAGCCCGCGCGACGGCGGCGGGACACCCCGACGCAAAAGCCACAGGUUGCCGGGGCGAAGACUUGUCAUGUCGGAUAUGUCUGAGUUCGCUGUUCGAGCCUGUCACUUUGGCGUGCGGGCACUGCUUCUGUAAAAAGUGUCUGGAGAGGGAAAAGAAGGACAAGGAGGUGAUUUGUAAGGAGUGCAGGCUCAGUAGCGGAGUGGCUGUCCACAGCUUUAGGGUCAACGUGGUGCUCAGCAACAUCCUGGCCAAAUGGUUCCCGAGGGUCUACCAGGCCGGUCAACUGAGACGGGAGGGCAACGGCCUCUACUCGGAGAAGAAGGUGGAAGCGGCCCUGGAGAAAUACAACCAAGCUAUCUUGAUUUCACCCAUGGACCACAUCCUUUUCAGUAAUCGUUCCCAGAUCUACUCCAGUCUGAAAGACUAUGAAAAGGCCCUGAGAGAUGCUGAGAUGGCCUGCAGACUUAUGCCUCUGUGGUCCAAGGGUCAUGUCCGUAAAGCACAGGCCCUGGUGUCACUGGGCAGGACUGAGGAAGCGUUGCGAGAAUACCUGCUAUGUCUUUCCAUAGAGCCUGAAUGUCGACUGGCUAGAAAUGAAGUUCACAAGCUUCUUAGUGACCUCUUGGCCCCUGUGGUGACUGAUAAGGUGCCCAUCUCAGACUUCCCCAGCAUCCUACCUUCUAGAAGGCACAUGAAGAAUGGCGUCAGUGUAACCUCUCAGCUUUUUGACUCUGUCCGGCCGUCAUUGGAGUGGAGCAUGGCUUCCGGCGCUCAGGAGGACCGAAAUAUGGACCACUGUCUUUUACACAAGAGGAAGCGAAGGAUCACAAAAGAGGAGUGGGAAAAAGGGCAGGAAGAAGAAGGGAAGAGUGAUGCUAAAAAAAGAUUAAAGUCUGAAUCAGCAGAGGUGAACAAUCUGUGGAGUUCUCCAGUUGGUGAAAUUUUGGACCCGACAGAUUUGGAAUGUUCUCUUUGCAUGAGAUUGCUCUAUGAGCCGGUGACGACGCCGUGCGGCCACAGCUUCUGUCUCCAGUGCCUCAAGAGAUGUCUGGACCACAACCCAAAGUGUCCACUCUGCAAAGAAGAGUUGUCAGAAUACCUAGUCCAAAGACAAUACUGCAAGACCACAUUAAUGGAAAACCUCAUAGAGAGAUAUCUUCCGUCUGAGCUCAUGGAAAGACAGAAAAUUCACAAUGAGGAGAUGGCUGAGCUUUCCAACCUCAACAAGAACGUGCCUAUAUUUGUGUGCACUAUGGCCUUCCCCACCGUCCCCUGUCCUCUGCAUAUCUUCGAGCCCUGUUACCGACUGAUGAUUCGCCGAUGCAUGGAGACAGGAACCAACUGUUUCGGCAUGUGUCUUGGGGACGACCUCAAAGGUUUCGCAGAUUACGGCUGCCUGCUGGAGAUUCGCGACGUGCAGUUCUUCUCCGACGGGCGCUCGGUCGUGGACACUAUCGGCAGGCGGAGAUUUAAAGUCGUCCAGCAGAGGGAGAGAGAUGGCUACAAUACGGCCGACAUUGAGUACCUGGAGGACGUCAAGGUGGAAGGCUUAGCAGUGGGGGAGCUGCAGUCGUUACAUGACUCUGUGUACGACCAGGCUCUGGUCUGGGUCAACUCCCUGAAAACAGAGCAAAAGGAACGUAUUGAAGGCCACUUUGGACCGAUACCUGAGAAAGACUCUGAACUUCAGGACAGUCCUAACGGUCCAUCGUGGUGUUGGUGGUUACUCGCCGUUCUUCCAUUAGAGGGCAGAGCCCAGCUGCCUUUCCUCGCCAUCACGUCUCUGAAAGACCGCCUGAGCGGCAUCCGCAAAGUUUUGCUCUUCAUGGCUCGCAGCAGACAUCGGGGACAUGCCGUGGGUCAAAGGUCGUAGUCCCGCUCGCCCCCGAUAACCAACGAGCAAUUGACCUGUUCUUCCUUCUGAGACUUUUAUGUUCAAGUGACACCACCUUCCAAUAAUUCAUUCUUCUGAGAGGUGGAAGGCAACUCUUCCUCUUUAUUUCAUCUUUGUAAAAACAGACUUCUUAUUGUGUCUAGAUGUAUAUUUCAUUAUCUUUAAGAUUAUCAUCUUUCUUUGUAAAAGUUUUCAUAACGCUAAUGCGCACAACAGAAGCAAUGGACUCAACGUAUGCCUGGCACUCCUCCAGUUUUUAGUUGUCAACACUUCCAACUUGAGAUAAUGUACUAAAAUGAAAAAAAAAAUGCAAUACAUUUACAUUUUUCUUGAAGUGAGUUGCCUAUCUAAACAGCUUUAAAGCAAAAACAAAGCCCCCUGAUAUACAUAUGUAUAUGCUUUAUGUACAGUGCUUAACAUGUUUAGACCACCAAACAUUAGUAGAAAAAAAAUAGUAUUUUUACCAUUGAAAAUGUAUAUUUAUUUUUAAGCAAUAUAUGGAAUACUUUGCUUUCCAUACUACGUAAUGCCAUGCCUAGAAUUGAUACAUAUUCAGGUAUGAUGAUAACAUUUUAAAGUUUUUUUUUUAAACACCUUUCACACACUAGUGCAUUAUUACCACUUAAGAAUAAUAUUGGGUGUUGGUCUAUUCCAUUUGUUAAGCACUUUAUGUAUCUAAGUGUACUUAUGAAUUCUGAGAGACCAAACAUACAACUUUUUUGUAAAGGCACUCACUGCAAUCAAGUGAAUUAUGAUUGAAAAAAUGAGUUGAAAUCUAUCAAGUGAAACGUCACUUAAAGAAAAAAAAAAACACUCUGACUGACUAAUUUAUUUGAAUGUGUAAUCUUUUUUUUCUUGUGUGGCAUUUUUUUUUUUUAUCUCCAUUAUUUAUUUAUUUUUUUCAUUAUUUAUGCAAGCAAUGACAUUGUUUACAUUUGUCAAAAAAAAUGUGUUCCACAGGAUUGUUUGUGUGAACGUAGAAAUUUAGAGCACAUAUUGUACAAAUGGAAAAGGAGAAAGAAAAAAACGGCUCACGUUGCUGCUUUGCGUCAUAUAAUUUUUUUUUUUUUUUUUCAAAUCAGUGUUAAUUGUUUAAUUGGUACUUCCACCCAAAGGAGGGAAAAAUAACUUCCGUAGAUUGAAAUAGUUAAUAAGUAACGACUUCUUUAAAAAAAAAAAAAAAAAAAAAUCUUCCAUUAAAAUUCUAGAUAUGUGAAUGAAUUUAUUCUUCAUUCAUGUUUCCAUUUUCUUUUUUAAAUGUUAGCAAUCAUGUAUUUGGGAGACAUUUUGGCUAUUCCAGAAGUAUAUUGUGAGAGAAAUUGUUAUGCGUUUCUAAACAAAAAAAAAAGGACACCUUUCUUCCAAAAUUGUUGUUGAGCCCAAAAUUGGAGUUUGUUAUGAAUCAUAAUAUUAAAUAUGCAAUAGUACAGAGAUGUCACCUUUAAUAAAUCACCUCAAUUUGGUUUUUUUUUUUUAUCUGCAAUGAGGUAAAUACAGUGUACUCCAACUUAGUUAUCUACAGUGAUCCCUCACUACUUCGUGCUUCAAACUUUGCGCCCUCAGUCCAUGGCCGAUUUUUUUAUCCAAUUGAUAAAAUAAUAUCAAAUGCAGAUGAGCUGUCUUGAGCUGAUCGGGUAGUCUCACUCUCCCUCCCUCCCUCCCUCCCUCCCUCUCCCUGCUCUUUGUUGGUUAACUUGUUAAACAGUUGCUGUGGCAACUCAUUGUGUGUACGUGAGCAGCUUGAGCAGAUUUGAGUGGACUCACUCAAUGAAGCGUUUAAUAAAGCCAAACAUUUUUCUUUAUUUUUGUUUAAAAAUAAUUCGGUGGCACAGUAACAUGUUUAAAACUUAUCAUAAUCAUAGGACACGCCCCCCAAAUGACCUGAUAUGAAAAGGCCACGCCCCCCAAAUGGCCACAAAUGACCUGAUAUGACCAAGCCACGUCCCCCAAAUGACCUGAUAUGACCAGGCCAUGCCCUCCAAAUGUCCCCAAACGACCUAAUAUGACUAGUGACAUUUGAAGUGCUUAAAAAACAUUUAAAAUAUGAACACUAUAUACAUUUUUUAAAAAUUGUACUUUGGAGGGAAAAAGUGAAAAAAUGUCAUAUCUAUCUCUUUCCAAUGCUAAAUCUGAAUUAAUACAUUGAACACAAAUUUUUUUUUUUGAAGAUGUGCCCCCCAUCUUCGUGGUUUUUCCACUUAUCACGGAGGAUUCUGGUCCCCAUUAACCACGAAAAACGAGGGAUCACUGUAUUGUAUUCUUGUAAUAGUUUUUCUUUAUUUACGUUUUCUAUUACCCACAAAAAUAAGCAGGGUUCAGUUGCACCUUUCUUGUAUGUUUGAUAUUUCCCCACAAUUUAUGAGGUAAAGAAACAUUUAUUGUAAUCAUUAGAUCUGAAUCAACCUGUUAAGCUGAUUUUCUUCCACAACUGAGCAAAUAUAAUGGGCCAAAAAGGGAAAUGCUUUCAGUCAAAUGUAACUACUGUACACACAGAGUGUCAACCUACAUGCGUUGCACCCAAUUAUGAUUAGAAUAAUUGUUUUGCAAUAGAAAAUGAUUGAAAACAUCAUGUAGCACAUCUUCUUUGUGAUGGACAUUGGUUGAAAACUGAAAAUGAUCUUCCACUGAAAGCAGUUCAAGUGCCUUAAGUUGGACUUCUUCCUGUUACAUAGAAAGUGGAAUGUUUUAUGUAUGCGUGCAGAUUUCCGGGGUUCCCUAAAUUACAACAAUUCCAUACUGUGUAUCUUUAAUUUGAAUACAUCCUACUUACUAUUCAGUUUCAAGAGAUGGAAAAAAUUAGGUGGACGAAGAGUGGGUUGAAUAUGACUAUGUUUUAAAUCAUUAAUGUUAAAAUAAGCUAAGGAUAUCUCUGUAAGGUUUUUGUCCCUGUAUAAGUCAUCACAUUUGUAAAAGUAGCAAUUUAACUCAUUGGCUGCCUUGAGGGCGAUAGACAUCCAAUCCAUGCGCCGUUCAUGGCAUUGAAUGAGUUGACAAACUAUGCUUCCAUUAAAACUAGUUCAAAUUAGCAGAAAGCACGAAUACUGUUGAACUAGGUUACAAAGAUGACAGUGAUACUUUUGCUGCUUCCUUUUGUUAAUUGUAAAAAUGUAUUUGUCAAGUAAACUGGAUGCUCAAAGGCUGUUGCAGUCAAUGUCAUGAUAAAUGUCCUUGUACCGUCAAACUGACAAUGUUCUAAUAAAAGACAACAUGCACAUGACAACAGCAAGCAAUGCAAAUAUUUGUUGGGCAGCUUUUGUGUCUAUUUUAUUUAUUUUUUGGUUAUUGGGUUGGAAAUAUUCAGACAAUUAGGUUAUAAAGAUUAUUGACUCCUUAAUGCCUGUAUUUACAAUUACAAAUAUACUGUACAUAACACAUUGUAGGAAUACACAAUUACAUAACAUUUAUACAAAAAUACCAAAUACAGAAAAUUCGGAUCGCAGGGGUGCUGGAGCCUCUCCAAUACACCUAUGGGCAGCUUGAAUUGUUUACCAGUCAAUC